AUGGAUCCAGAAGGCUCUCUAAAACGAAAAUUUGUCUCCCAGGAAGAGAUAGACGAAGCUCGUCGAAAAAGGCAAGAAGAAUGGAAGAUUGUUAUGGAGAAGACGGGGAAAGAGGCUCCGAAGGAAGAGGAGGAGGUAUAUGAUCCUCGAACGUUAUAUGAGAGACUACAAGAGCAGAAAAUGAAAAAGGAAGAAGCGCUUCAAGAGAUGACUAGAUUUAGUAACCUCAUUCAUAGACUAGACGAAGACGAGAUUGAAUUCUUGGCUACGUUGGAGAGUCAAGAGCGCAAGAACGAAAAAGUAAAGCUCAAAAAAGAAGAAGAACUUCUCGAGGAAUUCAGACGCGCUGCAGCAGAAGCAGAUGAAGCUGCAUAUAGUACAGUUUCAGUAAUAACUGGCUCUGCACCACAUGUUAAACAGCAUCCUGAUAAACCCAAGGUUAUUAAACACGAUGCACAGAAGGAUAUCUUGAAAAAUGCGGUGAAGAGGCGGAGUGUAAUGAUUCGGAAAAAAGCAUCAGGAGAUAGCGAAACUGGCAGUAAUCAUUUGGACAAGAAGAUUAAGAUUGAAGAUAUGGGGAAUAAGAAUGAAGGCGAUGGUGAUUGCACGAAAAAUAAUGGAGAGAAGAGGAAAGAUGUUGGAGGCGAAAAUAAGAAGGGGAGCGAGAACAAAGACAGUAAUGCGGACAUCACAAAGAAAACUGAGAGAGAGGAUAAAUCGGGAGACGCAUCUACUGAGCAGAUAACACCAUCCGUGGCAAAUCCCCUCGCAUCUCUCUUGGGCUAUGGAGAGGAUAGUGAUGACGAUAGCGAAUGA